CCCCGGCCAUGCCCCAGCCCAGUGGCCGCUAAGCUCCACCUGACACAGCCGGCCCGCCGGCGACCCCGGAGACAUGUCUCUACUUUGCGUUGGAGUCAAAAAAGCCAAGUUUGAUGGUGCCCAAGAGAAAUUCAACACGUAUGUGACCCUGAAGGUGCAAAAUGUCAAGAGCACGACCAUCGCGGUGCGGGGCAGCCAGCCCAGCUGGGAACAGGAUUUCAUGUUUGAGAUUAACCGCCUGGAUUUGGGGUUGACGGUGGAGGUGUGGAACAAGGGUCUCAUCUGGGACACAAUGGUGGGCACCGUGUGGAUUCCCCUGCGGACCAUCCGCCAGUCCAACGAAGAGGGCCCUGGAGAGUGGCUAACACUGGACUCUCAGGUCAUCAUGGCGGACAGCGAGAUCUGCGGCACCAAGGACCCCACCUUCCACCGCAUCCUCCUCGACACCCGCUUCGAGCUGCCUUUAGACAUCCCUGAGGAGGAAGCGCGCUACUGGGCCAAGAAGCUGGAGCAGCUGAACGCCAUGCGGGACCAGGACGAGUAUUCGUUCCAAGAUGAACAAGACAAGCCUCUCCCCGUCCCCAGCAACCAGUGUUGCAACUGGAAUUAUUUUGGCUGGGGUGAACAGCAGAACGAUGACCCUGACAGUGCGGUGGACGAUCGCGACAGCGACUAUCGCAGCGAGACAAGCAACAGCAUCCCGCCACCCUAUUACACCACAUCCCAGCCCAACGCCUCAGUCCACCAGUACUCUGUCCGCCCACCACCCCUGGGCUCCCGGGAAUCUUACAGUGACUCCGUGCACAGUUAUGAGGAGUUCUCCGAGCCGCGGGCCCUCAGCCCCACCGGCAGCAGUCGCUACGCCUCCUCGGGGGAACUGAGCCAGGGCAGCUCGCAGCUGAGCGAGGACUUCGACCCGGACGAGCAGAGCCUGCAGGGCUCCGAGAUAGAGGACGAGCGGGACCGGGACUCCUACCACUCGUGCCACAGCUCGGUCAGCUACCACAAGGACUCGCCGCGCUGGGACCAGGAUGAGGAGGAGCUGGACGAGGAGCUGGACGAGGAGCUGGAGGACUUCCUGGAGGAGGAGGAGGAGGAGGAGGAGGACGAGGAGCUGGAGGAGGAGGACGAGGAGCUGCCUGACGAGGAGGAGGAGCUGGAGGAGGAGGAGGAGGUGCCUGAUGACAUCCGGAGCUACGCCCAGCGGGAGGAGGUGGCCGUGGCUGAGCCCAAAGACUUCAAGCGCGUCAGCCUCCCACCGGCCGCAGCCGAGAAGGAGGAUAGGCCUCCGGCCGGGCCUGCUGAGGCCCCCGACGUGGCCAAGGCGGCCCCUGGGCCAGCCGCACUGGAGGAGGUGCCCACAGCGGAGCGGGCCGCUGAGCCGGAGCCCCCCAAGUCUGAGGAGAGGCGACGAGAGGAUGAGGAAGGCCAGGAGGGUCAGGACUCCGUGUCCAGGGCCAAGGCCAACUGGCUUCGAGCCUUCAACAAAGUGCGGUUGCAGCUGCAGGAGGCCCGAGGAGAAGGAGAGAUGUCCAAAUCCCUAUGGUUCAAAGGCGGCCCUGGCGGUGGCCUCAUCAUCAUUGACAGCAUGCCGGACAUCCGCAAGAGGAAGCCCAUUCCACUCGUGAGCGACCUGGCCAUGUCCCUGGUCCAGUCCAGAAAAGCGGGCAUCACCUCCGCCUUGGCCUCCAGCACUUUGAACAACGAGGAGCUGAAAAACCACGUUUACAAGAAGACCCUGCAAGCCUUAAUCUACCCCAUCUCCUGCACGACGCCGCACAACUUCGAGGUGUGGACGGCCACCACGCCCACCUACUGCUACGAGUGCGAGGGGCUGCUGUGGGGCAUCGCGCGGCAGGGCAUGCGCUGCACGGAGUGCGGCGUCAAGUGCCACGAGAAGUGCCAGGACCUGCUCAACGCAGAUUGCCUGCAGCGGGCUGCAGAGAAGAGCUCCAAGCACGGGGCGGAGGACCGGACGCAGAACAUCAUCAUGGUGCUCAAGGACCGCAUGAAGAUCCGGGAGCGGAACAAACCUGAGAUCUUCGAGCUCAUCCAGGAGAUCUUCGCCGUGACCAAGACCGCGCACACGCAGCAGAUGAAGGCGGUCAAGCAGAGCGUGCUGGACGGCACGUCCAAGUGGUCGGCCAAGAUCAGCAUCACUGUGGUCUGUGCCCAGGGCUUGCAGGCAAAGGACAAGACGGGAUCCAGUGACCCCUAUGUCACUGUCCAGGUUGGGAAGACCAAGAAACGGACGAAAACCAUCUAUGGGAACCUGAACCCUGUGUGGGAGGAGAACUUCCACUUUGAAUGUCACAACUCCUCAGACCGAAUCAAGGUGCGUGUCUGGGACGAGGAUGAUGACAUCAAAUCCCGUGUGAAGCAGCGGUUUAAGAGGGAAUCCGAUGACUUCCUGGGACAGACGAUCAUCGAGGUGCGGACACUCAGCGGCGAGAUGGACGUGUGGUACAACCUGGACAAGCGGACUGACAAAUCCGCCGUAUCAGGUGCCAUCCGGCUACACAUCAGUGUGGAGAUCAAAGGCGAGGAAAAGGUGGCCCCCUACCAUGUCCAGUACACUUGUCUACACGAGAACCUGUUCCACUUCGUGACAGACGUGCAGAACAACGGGGUUGUGAAGAUCCCAGAUGCCAAGGGUGAUGAUGCCUGGAAGGUUUACUAUGAUGAGACAGCCCAGGAGAUUGUGGAUGAAUUUGCCAUGCGUUACGGCGUCGAGUCCAUCUACCAAGCCAUGACCCACUUUGCCUGCCUCUCCUCCAAGUACAUGUGUCCCGGGGUGCCCGCCGUCAUGAGCACCCUUCUCGCCAACAUCAAUGCCUACUACGCGCACACCACCGCCUCCACCAACGUGUCCGCCUCUGACCGCUUCGCUGCCUCCAACUUUGGGAAAGAGCGCUUUGUCAAGCUUCUGGACCAGCUGCACAACUCCCUUCGGAUCGACCUCUCCAUGUAUCGGAAUAACUUCCCAGCCAGCAGCCCAGAGAGACUCCAGGACCUCAAAUCCACUGUGGACCUUCUCACCAGCAUCACCUUCUUUCGGAUGAAGGUGCAAGAACUCCAGAGCCCACCCCGAGCCAGCCAAGUGGUGAAAGAUUGCGUGAAAGCCUGCCUCAACUCUACUUAUGAGUACAUCUUCAACAACUGUCAUGAACUCUAUAGCCGGGAAUACCAGACAGAUCCGGCUAAGAAAGGAGAAGUUCCCCCAGAGGAACAGGGACCCAGCAUCAAGAACCUUGACUUCUGGUCCAAGCUGAUCACUCUCAUAGUGUCCAUCAUUGAGGAAGACAAGAAUUCAUACACUCCUUGCCUCAACCAGUUUCCCCAGGAGCUGAAUGUGGGUAAAAUCAGUGCUGAAGUGAUGUGGAACCUGUUUGCCCAGGACAUGAAGUAUGCCAUGGAGGAGCAUGACAAGCAUCGCCUGUGUAAGAGUGCUGACUACAUGAACCUACACUUCAAGGUCAAGUGGCUAUAUAACGAGUAUGUGGCAGAGCUUCCUGCCUUCAAGGACCGCGUGCCUGAGUACCCUGCGUGGUUUGAGCCCUUUGUCAUCCAGUGGCUGGAUGAGAAUGAGGAGGUGUCCCGGGAUUUCCUGCAUGGGGCCCUGGAGCGAGACAAGAAGGAUGGGUUCCAGCAGACCUCAGAGCACGCUCUGUUCUCCUGCUCCGUGGUGGACGUCUUCUCCCAGCUCAACCAGAGCUUUGAGAUCAUCAAGAAACUUGAGUGCCCUGACCCCCAGAUCGUGGGGCACUAUAUGAGGCGCUUUGCCAAGACCAUCAGUAAUGUGCUCCUCCAGUAUGCAGACAUCAUCUCCAAGGACUUCGCCUCUUACUGCUCCAAGGAGAAGGAGAAAGUGCCCUGCAUCCUCAUGAACAACACUCAGCAGCUCCGAGUGCAGCUGGAGAAGAUGUUCGAAGCCAUGGGAGGAAAAGAGCUGGAUGCUGAGGCCAGUGACAUCUUGAAGGAGCUCCAGGUGAAACUCAACAAUGUCUUGGACGAGCUCAGCCGGGUGUUUGCUACCAGCUUCCAGCCACACAUCGAGGAGUGUGUCAAGCAGAUGGGUGACAUCCUCAGCCAGGUGAAGGGCACGGGCAAUGUGCCAGCCAGUGCCUGCAGCAGCGUGGCCCAGGACGCUGACAAUGUACUGCAACCCAUCAUGGACCUGCUGGACAGCAACCUGACUCUCUUUGCCAAAAUCUGCGAGAAGACGGUGCUGAAGCGGGUGCUGAAGGAGUUAUGGAAGCUGGUCAUGAACACCAUGGAGAAGACCAUCGUCUUGCCACCCCUCACCGACCAGACGAUGAUCGGCACCCUCUUGAGAAAACAUGGCAAGGGAUUAGAAAAGGGCAGGGUGAAAUUGCCAAGCCACUCAGAUGGAACCCAGAUGAUCUUCAAUGCAGCCAAAGAACUGGGUCAGCUGUCUAAACUCAAGGACCACAUGGUACGAGAAGAAGCCAAGAGCUUGACCCCGAAGCAGUGUGCAGUAGUUGAGCUGGCCCUGGACACCAUCAAGCAAUACUUCCACGCAGGUGGCGUGGGCCUCAAGAAGACCUUCCUGGAGAAGAGCCCAGACCUGCAGUCCCUGCGCUACGCCCUGUCCCUCUACACGCAGGCCACCGACCUGCUCAUCAAGACCUUCGUGCAGACGCAAUCGGCCCAGGGCUCGGGUGUGGAAGACCCCGUGGGUGAAGUUUCAGUCCACGUCGAGCUCUUCACUCAUCCGGGAACCGGGGAGCACAAGGUCACUGUGAAAGUGGUGGCGGCCAAUGACCUCAAGUGGCAGACUUCUGGCAUUUUCCGGCCAUUCAUCGAGGUCAACAUCAUCGGGCCCCAGCUCAGCGACAAGAAACGCAAGUUUGCAACCAAAUCCAAGAACAACAGCUGGGCCCCCAAGUACAACGAGAGCUUCCAGUUCACGCUGAGCGCGGACGCGGGCCCGGAGUGCUACGAGCUGCAGGUGUGCGUCAAGGACUACUGCUUCGCGCGCGAGGACCGCACGGUGGGGCUGGCCGUGCUGCAGCUGCGGGAGCUGGCCCAGCGCGGGAGCGCCGCCUGCUGGCUGCCACUGGGUCGCCGCAUCCACAUGGACGACACGGGCCUCACAGUGCUGCGCAUCCUGUCACAGCGCAGCAACGACGAGGUGGCCAAGGAGUUCGUCAAGCUCAAGUCGGACACGCGCUCCGCCGAGGAGGGCGGCGCGGCGCCUGCGCCCUAGCGCGG